GCAAUAUUUACAGUGUACUUAUGACUUGAAGUUGUUUUGAUAUUUAAAAUUUAUUAUUGAAGGCGAGGAUUAAGUGUCUCGUGCUUGUUAAGUUGAAUCGAUAGUAUUUACAUAGCUUACUGCAAUGGGAAAACUAAACAAAAAAUUGCCACUGAAGUUCAAUCUUAAAAUUGGAAAGCAACCAGACCCUAAGUCUGAUCCUGGGCCAUUUCCGAUAUAUCGUACUAAGCCGGUACAACUGAAUGGACCAGAGCCUAAAAACUUCAAAAUUCCACCAAACAAAACGAAAGUACCAGCCAAGGUAACUCCUGCUGAAUUGGACUCAUCUCAGGCAAAUGCGGAUACUGUUGAAGAAAUUCCAGUAAAAUCUAAGAAGCUACGAAAGCUUGCCAUUAGUCGGUUAAACAAAAAAGAUAAGAAAAGAUUCCGCAAAGAAGAAGUGCUGAAAAAGAUUGAACUUACUCAGACGGCUUUCAAGGAAAACAAAGAAAAGAAGAAACGCGAGAAAACUGUCGUUACAGGUGACAUGCGGCCCUUGUUAGAUGCUUUACCAUCGCUAGACUCGCUAUUCAAGCUGAAAGCUGCGAAUUCUAUCAAGACCGGAGUUCCGAAGUACGACAAAAAUAUGGUUCCCAAAACGAAACGGCAACUCAAGGCAGCGCAGUUGAAGAAGAACAGAAUAGACUUCCUAAACCGUUGCAAGAAAAUGAAUCAAGUUCUGAAAUCGAAAAAAUUCAAAAGAAAUCCUAAAAAAAUGAUUGCUGAUCAUAUUCGUAAUGUAAGGAAAGAACAACUGCAACUAUUACUAGAAAGUUCGUGAUGGCAAUGGGUUUGUAACAAUGAUUAUAAUUAAUAUGGAAUAAAUCGAUGUUAUCUGUUACAAAAGUA